AUGCGCCGCCUCCCGCGCGCCCUGCCGCUGCCCCUGCAGCUCGCCCUGCUCGUGGCCGCCGGCGCCCCCCAGGCGCCGGUCAGCGCGCCGCGGAGCCUGGUGUGGGGCCCCGGGCUGCAGGCGGGCGUCGUCCUGCCCGUGCGCUAUUUCUACCUGCAGGCCGUCACCUCCGAGGGCCAAAACCUCACCCGCUCGCCCCCAGGUCAAACAUUAUUCAAAGUAGUCAUCAAACCUCUUUCGCCUAAAGAGUUAGUCCGGAUUCAUGUUUCUAAACCUUUGGAUAGGAACGAUGGGACAUUUUUGAUAAGAUAUAGGAUGUAUGAAACCGCCAACGAAGGGCUGAAGAUAGAGGUCCUCUAUGGUGAGGAACACGUGGCUCAGUCUCCCUAUAUUUUGAAAGGACCCGUGUUCCACGAGUACUGUGACUGUCCUGAAGAGGACCCUCAGGCCUGGCAGAGGACCCUUUCUUGUCCACCCAACGAACCGCAGAUUGCCAAAGAUUUCGCUUCUUUCCCCAGCAUCAACCUCCUGCAGAUGCUAAAUGAAGUUCCAGGAAGGUUCGGGGACGAGAUGGGUGCCAUUGUUCAUUACACGAUUCUCAACAAUCACGUCUACCGGAGGCCACUGGGGAAAUACACAGACUUCAAAAUGUUCUCCGAUGAGAUUUUGCUGUCACUGGCAAGAAAGGUCCGUCUCCCAGAUUUAGAAUUUUAUAUUAAUCUUGGAGAUUGGCCUUUGGAGCACAGAAAAGUCAACGACACGCCCGGCCCUUUACCUAUCAUUUCAUGGUGCGGCUCUCUGGACUCCCGAGACAUCAUCCUUCCGACCUACGACAUCACCCACUCCACACUGGAGGCAAUGAGGGGUGUUUCCAACGAUCUCCUUUCUAUUCAAGGAAAUACAGGACCUUCCUGGAUCAAUAAAACAGAGAAAGCUUUCUUCAGAGGUAGAGAUAGCCGAGAGGAGAGGCUGCAGUUGGUGCAGCUGUCCAAAGAAAACCCAGAGCUACUGGAUGCAGGAAUUACAGGAUAUUUCUUUUUCCAAGAGAAAGAAAAGGAACUUGGAAAAGCUAAAUUGAUAGGUUUCUUUGAUUUCUUUAAGUACAAGUACCAAGUGAAUGUGGACGGAACUGUGGCUGCAUAUCGGUACCCCUAUCUCAUGCUGGGCGACAGUCUGGUUCUGAAGCAGGACUCACCUUAUUACGAACAUUUCUAUUUGCAGCUAAAACCUUGGAAACAUUAUGUUCCAAUUAGAAGAAAUCUUAGUGAUCUACUAGAGAAAGUUCAAUGGGCCAAGGAAAAUGAUGAAGAAGCCAAGAAGAUUGCAAAAGAAGGGCAGUUGACUGCUCGGGAUCUGCUUCAGCCGCACCGGCUCUACUGCUACUAUUACAGAGUCCUGCAGACCUAUGCGGCGCGCCAGUCCAGCAAACCUGAAAUACGUGAUGGGAUGGAGCUCGUGCCUCAGCCCGAUGACACCUCAGCCAGCUGUCAGUGCCCCCGGGAAAGGUCUUUGAGAGAAGAGCUUUAAGUCAUCCCCAGGAGCACUCCUGUGAGUGCUCUCAGCAUCUUUUUUUUUCAAUUAUAUCAUUUUUUUAAAUGAGGUAAUGUCAGUUCACAGCACUGUGUGUGUUUUAGGGAAUAAGUUCACACCUCUCCAGGGGUACAGGUAUCACACCACGCCCACCACCAAACAUCUGGAAUGGAGGUGGGCAGCUAGAAUCCCACCUGAAGAACACAGCUUAGAAGAUCUGAAGGCUGGUUCUCCUGAAGGCUUUCUAGAAUGUGGAUGGACAGAGCAGUAUUAGAGCAAUAUUCCCAGGAGCUUCAGAGGUGCAUUUAUUUUAAGUAAAAGCUGCUAUGAUCCAUAUCUCAAUUACUUUACAAAGAAAACUGGGAGAUCUUAGCAGAGACUUGCCAAAAUAGAAAUCACUCCCUAUGAAACUGUUUACAUCUUAUUUAUUGGUUUGUUUUGAUCCCUGGCUUAUUUUCCCUCUUUCCCUUCCUCUAAUUGUGAAGAAAAGAAUAUCGGUGCAGUGUCCCCACCAUUGCUCACUGCUUAAUUCUCCUCCUACAAGUCGCUUUUGGUACCCAGUCUGCAUGGAAGGUCUGAUAAGAAUAACUAAGGAAGAGAGGAUGACUUUAGCAGAGGUAGCUUGGCGACUGUGGAGGGAAUUUUUUUAAAAAUAUUUUUUACUGAGUUAAUAUGAAUUUACAUUGUUUCUGUAACAGAAGUGUAUGAUCGCCCCUUAGGGCAUUUUGCAAUAGCGCACAUACCACAAAGAACCCAUAGUUGGAAGGAAUAUUUUUUAAAGCUCACUCAUGUCUUCUAAGCUAAGUUUUAUGAAGACCUGAAGCCAACUUAAGGAGAUACUGUGCCAUAAGCUAGUAAUUCCCAGACUAGCUAGUUGUACACCCAUCAAGGGAAGGUCCUCUAGUACAGCAAUGGGGCAACCCUUUGGAGCUGUUCACUAUCUAUGCACUGAUUGAACAGAUAAAAGAUAACUUUCGUCUUUCAAAGGGAUACUUAGAAACCUCUACAGAAAGCUGCAGGAAACCUAGUACUUGGGAAUUCACUCUAAGCUGACAAAAAAGGCAAGUGCCCCUCCCUCCUAGUGCCUUUCCACUUUCUCUGGGUUCAUUGCUAAAAUAACAGCCUUGGGAAGGUCCCUUUGCCUUUCAGGACUGGGUCAACACCUAAAACUUAAGGCCCAGAAAUUUACGUCACAUUUCGUGUCACCGUGAUACAGUUCCUGAAAGAACAUACUCCCAAAAGCAAGAGCUUUCCACAGUCUCAAAUAUUUACUCGCCAAAUAGAAACCUUUACUUCCUCUGAAAAUAGCAUAACCACAUUAGUUAUAUCUAUUCUUUUUUUGCAGAUCAAAUAAGGACAUAGAAUUUUUUUUUGACUAGACAAAAACAAAACCACAUUUGAGAACAAUUAUACAAGGAAAAUACUAAUACCCACCUAUUACUGUCCCAAACCAAAAGUACACAAGUAUGAGACAGGGACAAGCUAUGCUGAGCCCACCCAGAGGAGUCUGUGCCCUGCAGACAUUGCCCAUGAACUUUGGGGCUUAUUAGAGCUGAGAUACAGAAAGGAAGCUUGCCCUCCUUCACUCCUUCACCCCUACCUUCCACAGCCAGGUCUUUCUUAAUGGGGAAUGGCGUUGACUAUUGAUGUCUUAUAUUUAAAAAUUUUUUUAUCACCUGAAGCCCAACAGACUUGAUAGUUACAAGUGAGUUGAGACAAACUGGGCAGCUUAGGAGCAUAGAACAGAAAGGACGUGUUUGAGAAGUUAAAAUGAAGUGCAGCCCCUUGGAAAUUGUGACCAGAGAGAGCAGCCUUGAUCUUGAUGGUCUUCCGUGCACCAACUCAGUCACAGCCUUUACAAAGAGCUUGUUUUAUGUGGCUUUCUGGUUUGUUGAUGCAACUAUAACUCAGUAGAUACAGAAUCGCUAAAACCUUGAUUCCUUAUGUUUCAGUUCACCCCAUACCUUAGUCAUUUUUAACACUUCAACUUUCCUGAAAUGGCUUUCUUUAUUCUUGUAAUUUUAUAAAUAAUGCAGAAGUGGCAAAUGGGCAGGUAUGACCACCUUGGGAGAAAUACCUGAUUUUUCAAGGGAAAAGAGGGAUGUAUGGAUAUGCAAAUAUAUAUAAUAACUACAUUCGUCUAAAUAAGCUAUCCACAUGUUUUUUGCAGCAAUGUUUGUUAAUAAAAUGUUGGAAACACCUUAAAUAGUCAUCAUUGUGGAAUGGGCUCAAUAGAUUUUUACCAAGGAAUAUAGUACUACCAUUAAUUAGAAAUAAGUAGCUCUAAAUGCAUUAUCAUGGAAGAUUUCCGUGUCAGCAGUCAGUGGAAAAAACUAGUUACAGAACAAGCAGAAUGUGAAAUCCUUUAUGUAAAAAACUGAACAAUAUCCCUGUGGUUGAAAUUUUAGAAGGACGUUCACCAAUACCUCGGGAAAAGAAAAUGGAUAUUUGUAUUUUCCAUAUACUGUUUUUAAAUAGACUAUAUAUUAGACUUUUUAUACCAUGAGACAUAUACACUUUCUAA